CUCUCUCUCUACUAUGAAAAAAAUGCCACUCUUGAAAGAACAUAUCCUGCUAGUGGGAAUCCUCACCUUCUGCAUUAAUAUUGACGAUGCAAGAUCUCUUGAUGGGCACUACACACCUCCAAAUGUUGCACGUUUAACUGAUCUUUUUCAUCAUCAACCAUUAAACCAGGCAUUUCUUACAUUUUUUGGAGGCUCAAACAUCCAUUUUGUCAAUAAUGGAUCUUAUGUGCAGCUAAAUCUCAACAAAACUUCAGGGUCUGGAUUAAUCUCUUUAAACAAAUAUAACUAUGGAUUCUUCAGUGCUGCCAUUAAGCUUCCCCAAGGUUACUCCUCUGGUGUAGUAGUAGCAUUCUAUAUGUCCAAUGCAGAUUUAUUCCCUCACAACCAUGAUGAGAUUGACUUUGAGUUGCUGGGUCAUGAAAAUGGAAAAGAGUGGCUUCUGCAAACAAAUAUCUAUGGGAAUGGCAAAACCAACAUUGGAAGAGAAGAGAAAUUUCGAUUCUGGUUUGAUCCAACUAAAGAGUUUCAUCAAUACAGCAUCAUUUGGAAUAGUCAUCACACAGUGUUCCUAGUAGACAACAUACCAGUAAGAGAGGUUGAAAACAAUGAGGUCAUGUCAACAAUUUAUCCCUCAAAGCCCAUGUCAGUAUAUGCAACCAUAUGGGACGGAUCAGAGUGGGCAACAAACGGUGGGAAGAACCCAGUAAAUUACAAGUAUGAACCUUUUGUUGCUUCUUUUGGGGAGAUGGAAAUGGAGGGCUGUGUAUGGGUUUCAGCAAGAUCAGUCCCUUCAUGUUCAAAGGGUGGUCAAGAAGGUCCUUCAGCAGUAGACCCAGUUGAAGGUGAAAAUUUCAUUAAGCUGUCACAGCAACAGAAGAUGGGGAUGGAUUGGGCUAGAAACAGGUUCAUGAUCUACUCAUACUGCAAAGAUCCUGGCAGGUUUCCUGUGUUGCCACCAGAAUGCAAAACAAAAUAGGAAGAGAAGGGGUUGUAUACACUAAUGCAUUCCAAGAAUGCAGUAUAGGUCGAUAAUGCAUUCCAAGAAAUCAUACCAACCACAGCUUUAGUUUUCCACCCAUAAUCUUAAACAUCUUGACCCACUAUUUAUUUAGCGUAUAUUUGUCAUCUCUUCUUCUCAACCUCGACAUUUUGUGGGUCUCAGACACCCUACUCCUCCACUAUACAACUAUACUUUAAAUGCAUUUGGAAUUGUAUAAUGAACUCUUUGAAAUUAAGGUCGUGUUUGGUUUGAUUUCUCGGAAUGCAUUAUUGACUUGGAACAUACCAAACGCAUCCUAAGAAUGAUGGUAAUUAUGAUGUACUAUAUAUAGUUCAGGAGGUAUGAAAGACAGUGGUAAGACAUUGCACUUCACCAUGUAGAAAGGGGGCUUUUGGAUUGUCAAUAAAAAGGUGAAAUCUACCCUCUAUGUA